UUUAUUGGUUCCCACAUAAAACCCUCAUGAAACCUCCUGCAAAGGACGACUCCGGGAAAAGAUCCGCAACAGAGAUGGAUGUGGUGCUGCUCUUGUGCUUCCUCACAAUUAUUAAAAGUGGUGGUGGUGCAGAAACUGAGGAGAAACUAAUGAAGUAUCUCCUAAACGAAGAGAGAUACAAUAGGUUAAUUCGACCAGCCAUCAAUAACUCAGAGAUUGUGAAAAUAGUGCUUCAGGUCUCCCUGGCACAGCUUAUCAAUGUGAAUGAACGUGAACAAAUCAUGACAACAAAUGUCUGGCUGAAGCAGGAAUGGUUCGAUUACCGGUUGUCCUGGGACCCUGCUGACUAUGACGGAAUUUGCAAAGUAAGGGUACAUUCCAAACUCAUUUGGCUCCCUGAUGUUGUGCUUUACAACAAUGCCGAUGGGACAUACGAGGUCUCUGUGUACACCAAUGUCAUCAUCACCUACAAUGGGAGCAUUUACUGGCUGCCCCCGGCCAUCUACAAGAGCUCCUGCAAGAUUGAAGUCAAGCACUUCCCGUUCGACCAGCAAAACUGCACUUUAAAAUUUAGAUCCUGGACUUAUGACUACACGGAAAUUGACCUGGUGCUGAAAACUGACACAGCAAGUAUCGAUGAUUUCACUCCGAGUGGAGAGUGGGACAUCAUCUCACUUCCAGGACGAAGGAACGUGAAUCCAUUUGAUGCAACGUAUGUGGAUGUGACGUAUGACUUUAUCAUUAAAAGAAAACCUCUCUUUUAUACCAUCAACCUCCUGAUCCCUUGCAUGCUCAUCACAUUGUUGGCUGUUCUAGUCUUUUACCUCCCAUCCGACUGCGGUGAGAAGAUAACUCUGUGUAUUUCAGUCCUGCUCGCCCUGACUGUGUUCCUGCUGUUGAUCGCUAAGAUUGUCCCUCCCACCUCUUUUGAUGUCCCGCUGAUAGGCAAAUACCUCAUGUUUGCUAUGGUCCUGGUGACAUUUUCCAUUGUCACCAGCGUUGGUGUGCUAAACGUUCAUCAUCGAUCUCCCAGUACUCAUGAUAUGCCGCCGUGGGUGAAGACUGUAUUCUUGGAGAAGCUGCCUGCCCUCUUAUUCAUAAAGAGACCCCAGACCAGUUCUUUGGAGCAAAGGUUGCACCAGAGUCAAAACAGCAGUGCUGCUGUGAGCCUCGAAGACAGAUACAAUACUCUCUUUGUGAACCCAGCUUCCACCAGAAACUGCGACCUGAGUGUUCUAGACUCGCCCGAGGGGUUUGCCUGUCACCGAGACUUGAGGCUGAGGAACUCAAUGAAAUAUUCGCCAGAGGUGCAGCAGGCAAUCGAUGGUGUGAAAUUCAUAGCGGAUAACAUGAAGAACGAGGAUGAGAAUGAAAGCGUGACUGAAGAUUGGAAGUACGUAGCCAUGGUGGUGGAUCGCUUGUUUCUCUGGAUCUUUGUGGUCGUUUGCGUUGUGGGGACAAUUGGACUGUUUCUGCAACCAAUUGUUUACAAUCACCCCUAUCCUUGACAUGUCUCAGCCUUGGCAACAAGA